GUUUAGCAAGUGUUAAACAGGAGACUGGCACUGUUGAAAGGUGGUUUAGAAGAAUUCACUGGAUCAUGGUAGUGUCCGGCUUGAGCUUUAUGAUGUACGGUUCCGUGUGGAAUUUGCUCAGCAAUUAUCUUCACAAUCCGCUCACGUUUUACGUCGAUACCGCACACCUGCAUUGGAACACAACCUUCCCAGCAAUCACCCUGUGCCAAGUGGUUAAUGGCGAAACCGUUGCAGAGUUGACGGAACAACAUUUCGGUGCCGAUCGGGACCCUUUGCUGGACAGCCUUAUCAUUGACAUUGCGUUCUACGGUGGUACCUGCUAUUCCUGCGAAGAAUGUCACCCGACCGGCUCACUCACGGCCACCUCGGCAGUGAACUGUACCGCGCUGCGGAACUUCACCGAAAUUGUUCGUCGCCAUCGGGUACCUUGCGAAGAGCUGCUUACGGACUGUCACUGGCAGAAGGAAUCGUUUGAUUGCUGUCGCUUUUUUCGCCCACUCGAUACCGAGUUUGGACGAUGUUUCAGCGUUAAUGCGGCGAAUGUUGUGGGCAGAUCCGCACCAGCUCGACCGCGGCUUGUCAGCAACCGAGCGACUGGCCCGGGUUGGUUGGGAUUUCGCGUGCUGGAAGACGUGCAGCUGUAUCUGCACGAUGAGUUUAGCGUGCCGUAUGCGUACGUCGAUCGGUCGUUGCGUGAAACCGUGCUGUGGGGUAUGCGUAAGGAGAUUGUCGUACGGGUGAUCGAGAUGGAAAAUAAGGACACCGUGCUUGAGCUGCCAAUCUGGCGACGCAACUGUCGCUUUCCGUGGGAAACUGUGAACGAUGAACAUCAACUGUACCGACAUUAUAGCUUCUCCACCUGCUCGAUCGAAUGUUUCUGGAUAACUCAGCUUCAGUUUUGCAACUGUACGCACCAUUUAAUGCCACGACCUUUGAAACCGACCGCCCGUGACAGCACGCAGAUAUGCUCGUUCGAAGGACUCACCUGCCUCACGGAACACUCGGUAGAAAUUGCACAGGCACGCAAGCAAUGCUCCUGCCUGUCGUCAUGCGUCGAACCGGAGUACUUCGUCAUCCACAAGUCAGAGGACUUCUUCGCCGAAACCGAGGAAGAAGAGGGCCGGGUAACGGUACGGCUGCUCUCGCUGCCCUACGAAAGGUUCGUGCGUAACAUCGCCAAGACGGAGAUGGAUCUGUUCAUCGCGCUCGGCGGUUUGAUUGGCCUGUUCUACGGUAUGUCCCUACUGACAACUAUCGAUUUUCUUAUGCACGUCUGCCGGUUGACUAUCCGAUUUCUUGCCUCCUGUCGUCAGCGGCAUGGUUAA